UUCUCUUAUUCGAUUAUUUUAUAUACCAGUGUACAAUUCCAUACGAAUAUUUAAAAAAUAUUUUCUUGCAAGGAUCAAGUUUUUUCGGAAUAUUUCGGUAUUUCGCAUUAUUUAUCGAAAUAAAAGGAAUCGUUUUUUCAAAAUGUUUAUACGAUAUGAAUCCACAUAGUGAAAAAUUACCGCGUAAAUUAUGCGAAUGAUGUUUUUUAAAUAACGAAUCUCUUCAGUGACAAUAAUGGCACGAGAUGAAGAAAUUGAUGUUAUCGUUGCGUCGUGACAAUAUCUGGUAUUUAAAUUAUUUUGUGCCAUACAUCAUUGAAAUCGUCAAGUUUUAGAGUUUUACGUUCAUUAGGAGGUGGAUUUUUCUUUUCACUAUUCUCUGUGUCACGAGGUAUUUGCGCAACAUAAUAUUCAGAGAAUUUAUACUGGACGUUAAAAUGGAGAGCAGAAAAAGUAAAAAACGUACAAAUAAGAAGAAUAAUACGUCUGGUAACUGGGUGAACAACAGUCAAUAUGAUCAAAGCAAUAACGCUAUGUCAAACAUGGAAUAUCCUCAAGUUGUGUGGCAACCAGGAAUUCAAUCACAUGUUCCAAAUCACAACGGACAACGUCUUUUUGCAGCCAUGUCAGAUCCUAGCGUUUGCAGUUAUUCACCAAUGCCAAUGACUUACACGAUGGAACCUGUGUCGCUUCCAACUAUGUAUAGAUUGUAUCAACCAAUGCCUUAUGGCGUUCAAAAUACACAUGCUAGACUGAAGCAAAAAUUUAAUCCAAAACCUCCAGUUAUUCCUAGCGGAUACACCAGUCUGCAAGAGAAUAAAAAUAAUUCAACAAUCUUGUCGUCUUAUCAGAAUGGAGAUUAUGCUAGUUUACCGCCAGUUGCCAAUAAAAGUAAUGGAAUUAACGAAGAUGAAAUAAGUUCAGAACAUAGGAGAUAUUCGGAUCCAGGUUUGGGACCUACAGAAUCUUCCAUUCACAAUCAGGAAGAAGAUUCAGAUAGUGGUGACAGCAGUAGUUCAGUUACUACUAUUGGUCGAAGUAACAAAUUGGUUUUAUCUCUUAUCGAACAGAUGGCAGAAUUAAAAAAAAGUAAUGGCCAACUUUUCAAGGAAUUAAGCGAGGCUAAAUUCGAAUUGGAGACAAUGAAAUUAAAAUUUUCAGAAUUUAAACAUAGUUCUGAUUAUCAACCUGGAAUGUUGUCAGAUCUUAUUCGCGAGAUCAGGGAAGCAAACAAAAUGUGCGAGGAAGGAUUAGUGAUAAAAAUACAAUCUAUGAUGGAGGAGAAAUCUAAUCAAAGAUUCGUGGAUAUAGAAUUAUUAAAGGGCCAAAUAUCAAAGCUCGUGAAGGAGAAAGAGGAAAGCGAACGACGAGUAUCCAAGUUGGAGGAAGAAGUAGCUAUACUGAAGACGAGCGCAAACAACGAGGGCCGAGAGAUAGCAGCUUUCGAGGAGGAGACUUUGGCCUUGCGACGGGAACUACAGGAGGCACUAGCAACUAGGAAUCUGACCGAUGGAACGACAAAGCACGGGACAAAAAUGGACAAGCUGAUGGACGGUCUACGAAAAAAGGCAAAGGUCACCGUAAACAACGACGACGGCGACGAAGAGGAACGUGUCUUCUCUUCCGUCAAUCGUCGUUCGUCUACCUGCCCUUCGUUCGAUAUUACUUCUACGGGAAAACGAUGUCGUGCCUCGAAAAAUUCUUCUCCACCCCCGCCUCCGUCAUCGUCGUCAUCAUCGUCAUCAUCAUCGUCGUCGUCGUCGUCGUCGUCGUCGUCGUCGUCCUUGGCAUCCUCGCGACUCGAAAACGAACCCGAGACCGAAGAAGACGAAGAAAUCGGUUUAAACAUCGACGAGGAUCUUACCUCGACAAAUUUCAAGGAUUAUACUAAUCGUUCUGAUUCUAAGCUAACUAAUAUACACGACAAUUGUAUGAAUCUUUCAGGACCCGUUACCGACCUUUAAAAAAUAAUCUCAUCAUCCCUCUUUAUCCUCGAUAUUCCUCGAUAUUAAUAUCUCUCUCCAUGCGCUUGAUUAGUUAUUAAGAAUAAUUUAUUGUUAACUUCCUUCGUCCCCUCUCACAAUCCCUUCUACGUAUUUGACUUAAAAAUCUUAUGGUUUCACUUAUUUUUUGUCGUUAACGUUAACUUCGAGUACUUAAAUGAAUGAUCGCUUUAAAUGAAUUUUUUUAUCUCUCUUUUUCUCUUUUUUUUAAGUAAAAGCCGAUGAACGAGAGGUUUUGCUUUUUUCUCUAAUACUUUCCCCAUUUUUUUGUAUACGCGAAGAGCUUCUUAUUAUUAUUCAUAUUAUUGUAAAAAUUGUUCAUUUUAUAUGUAUAUAGGUAUAUAUAGAAGAUACACAUAUACUCUUACGUAUUUGUUCUCAAACGAAAACAAAUUAUCUUGAAGAUCUGAAAUGAUUAAUUACCGCGUAUUAUUCUUUUCGAUAUAAUUACUGCCAAAUCAUUUUUGUUUCUCUUUUUUUUAUUUUUACUUGUUUCUUUUUUUAAAGCGAAAAUAGCGAAUGCACGAUCUUUAUUGCGUCCAUAAUAUUUUCAUUUAAACGAUAUACAACGAUAAAGUAGUGAUUCUUCAUUGAUUAGUUCGUAAAUUAUAAUAAACUAUAAUAUAAACGUAGGGAAAAAUAUUAGUAAUAUUAGGAAUGAAUAAUUGAAAAAAAAAUAAAAAUAAAAUAGUUGUUAAGGAAGAAAUGAUCAUGUUAUUGCAUGAUCAUCGUCGAAUAGAUUAUUAUAUUUUCGUAUUUGCAUGUAGGAUUUAUUAUAUUAAAAUAAUAUAAAUUGUAUAUAACAAAAGAAUAACAUUUAAUAGAAAUGUAUUUUAAACGAAUGAUUUAAUUAUUACAGUCGAGCAGAGAGCGUUGCAGUUUGAAUUCUUUUGCACUUUCGUGUUUGAAUUUUGUUUAAAUUUCAUUCGAUCUAGUAACAUUAAUUUGCAGUUAUUACUCGUUAUUGUUAGAUAAAUAACGUGCGAGCAAAAUAUCAAAGCAAUUUAUUUUGUCCUAAGACGUAGCAAUAAAUUAUAUCGACGCUCAAAUAGUCGAAAUAUUUAUGACAUUUUUUAAAAGUAUACAUAUUUAGAAAAAAUACAUAUAAUUUUGUCGUUGAUAGGAAAAUUUAUAUUCCAAAAUUUGACGUAACUUCGAUAAAGAGUUUAAUUCGUUAAAAGUGUUUAUACUGGUCUGGCGCUUUAAAUAUAUUAACUUACUAUAAAUAAUAAUAUUUUAUUUUUAAAACUUUUCUAACGACGAUCAAUAUUUUAUAUAAAUUCUAGUAAUUGAUCUAAUCAAAUUAGUUUUAGAUACUCGAAAAGUUAACAAUUGCCUUAUCGCAUAUAGUGUUUGCAGGAACAACAUAACGUUUAAGUUGGAUUGUAAAAACACAAUAGGAGCGAUAAUUAAGUGAUAUAUUGUUUUUAUUAGAAUUAACCAAAGAUCGGGAUUUUCUUAUCUUUUAUUUUUAUUUUUAUUCUCUUCCAUGUAUAGAGUUUUAUCAUAAAGAGAGUAAAUACGAUCAAACUAAAUAGUUAACCGUUUUACUAAUGAAACACCUACUAAUGAUAAUGUUUAUAUGUAGUAUAUAAGUUUAACUAAGCAAAUAAUUCGUCUCUUAAUCGAAAUAAUAAAUAAAUAAUUAUCUAAAAAAAGACUAUUGGAAGAUAAGGCCGUAAAUAAUGUAAGUACGGUUUCCCGUACUAUGAAAUUUCAAGUUAAAGUGUAUUUUCAUGAACAUUUUUUAUAGACUUUGUAGUGCUUCUGAUUAAACAAACCUGUGUGUCAUCGCAGAAUCGCAUAUA